AUGAUACGGCUGUCAUUAUUACAUUUGAAAUUGAUGCUGGUAUCACCUAAUUUGGUCACGUGACCCACUUAUCAUCUUUCCGAAUGCCCAUAGACAAUCCUUCAUCGACUUCUUUGGUUUAUAGCCACGAGGUUUUUAGCUAUAUUUCAAUUUAUUAGUGAAAUAAUAAAAAUACGCUUCGUUUUCUUUGAACAAAAUGCCACCCAGUAAUCCUUUGCCGCCCAAAGAAAAUGCGCUAUUCAAAAGAAUUUUGCGUUGCUAUGAACAUAAACAAUAUAAAAAUGGUUUGAAAUUUGCCAAGCAAAUCCUCUCCAACCCAAAAUUCGGAGAACAUGGAGAGACCCUGGCAAUGAAAGGUUUGACUCUAAACUGCCUGGGACGGAAAGAUGAAGCGUAUGAAUACGUGCGCCGAGGCCUUCGCAAUGAUCUCAAGUCCCCAGUCUGUUGGCAUGUCUAUGGCCUCCUGCAGCGGUCCGAUAAGAAAUAUGAUGAGGCAAUCAAAUGUUACCGGAAUGCUCUUAAAUGGGAAAAGGAGAAUAUACAGAUUCUACGGGAUUUAUCCCUUCUCCAGAUCCAGAUGAGAGAUUUAGAAGGAUACAAGGACACCCGGUACCAGCUGUUCAUGCUCCGACCAACACAGAGGGCUUCCUGGAUAGGCUUCGCAAUGAGCUAUCACCUGCUCGGAGACUACGAGAUGGCCAACAGCAUUCUCGAUGCCUUCCGUACAAACCAAAUGAAAGGACCGUAUGACUAUGAACACUCAGAACUGCUUUUGUACCAAAACAUGGUUCUUGCGGAGUCCGGACAGUUUGACAGGGCACUGUCACAUCUACACAAGUUCCAGACGCAGAUACUUGAUAAAUUAUCAGUGAAAGAAACUAGUGGGGAAUAUUAUUUGAAGUUGAAGAGAUUUAAAGAGGCGGAGGCAGUUUAUGAAGACUUACUAAAGAGGAACCCUGAAAAUGUGAUGUAUUAUCAGAAACUUAUAGAAGCUAAACAACUUAGUGAUCCUGAUGAAAAAGUGGCCUUCUUCGAUGUAUAUAAGAAAGAGUAUCCCAAAGCAAUAGCGCCUCGGCGGCUGCAGCUGUCGGAGGCGGGCUCGGCGGCCGUGUUCGCGCGGCUGGUGGACGAGUACCUGCGCCACGGCCUGCACAAGGGCAUCCCGCCGCUCUUCGUCGACAUUAGAUCGUUAUACGCAGACAAAAGCAAAGCGGAAACGAUAGAAAACCUAGUACUGCAAUACAUAGAGAAUUUAUCCAAAACCGGCACAUUCAGUUCCGAGCCGAGCGAAGCGAAACAGCCGGCCAGCGCUCUUCUAUGGGCGUACUACUACGCCGCUCAGCACUUCGAUUAUAAGAAGGAUACGGACCGGGCUUUGAAGUAUAUUGACGCCGCGAUAGAACACACGCCAACGUUGAUCGAGCUGUUUAUUGUUAAAGGAAGGAUAUAUAAGCACGCCGGCGACCCGGUGUCGGCGUACCAGUGGCUGGAGGAGGCGCAGGCCAUGGACACGGCGGACCGCUACGUGAACAGCAAGUGCGCGCGCUACAUGCUGCGCGCCGGACACGUGGCGCGCGCCGAGGAGAUGUGCGCCAAGUUCACCAGAGAAGGUGUACCAGCCACAGAAAACCUGAACGAAAUGCAGUGUAUGUGGUUCCAAACGGAAGCCGCGGCCGCCUACCAGCGCGCCAGGCAGUGGGGCGAGGCGCUCAAGAAGGCACAUGAGGUUGACAGGCACUUCUCCGAAAUAAUGGAGGAUCAAUUCGACUUCCACUCGUACUGCAUGCGCAAGAUGACGCUCCGCUCGUACGUGGGGCUGCUGCGGCUGGAGGACGUGCUGCGCGCGCACCCCUUCUACUUCCGCGCCGCGCGCGCCGCCAUCUCCGUGUACCUGCGCCUCUACGCCUGCCCGCUGCAGGACAACGUGCAGCCGCAGGAGCCCGAUACAGAGAAUCUCGCGCCGUCCGAACUGAAGAAGCUGAGGAAUAAACAGAGGAAAGCGAAGCGUAAAGCCGAACAGGAAAGCAUGCUGGCGGCACAAGUUCAGGUGAAGAGAGAGCAACACCACAAGGCGCGGCAGCAGCAGGAGCAGGGCGACCCGGAGGCUCCACAACUAGACGAGCUCAUCCCAGACAAAUUGGCUAGGGCGGAGGAUCCUCUAGAACAGGCGAUCAAGUUUCUGCAGCCGCUACGGACGCUCGCCGCCGAUAGGAUAGAAACAUAUUUAAUGGCCUUCGAAAUAUACUUUAGGAAAGAGAAACCCCUCCUAAUGCUACAGAGCAUAAAGCGCGCGUGGCGGUUGGAGCCCGGCCACCACCACCUGCACGACUGCCUGGUGCGCUUCCGCGGCUGGCUCGACCAGAACCAGCUGGCACCCGCCGUGGCAGAGGUCGUCAACAAGGAGACGCAGGAGUCGAUGCGGGGUCGCAGCGCGAAACAGAUGGCGGAGGAGUUCUUCGCUGGUCCCGCGCAGCAGUCGCAAGCGGCCGCGCUGUGGGGCGCGCGCGCGCUGCGCCGCCUGCAGCCCGAGCGCACCGCGCCGGCGCUGCAGCUCGCCACCGGGCUCGACCAUCCCGACCUCUCCAUACAGGGUUGCGUGGAAGUUCUGGAGAGCCUCCGGGAAGGCGACUUCGGUUCGUGUCCCGCCGAGACGGAGGCCUACAUCUCCGCGUGCUCGGCCCGCUUCCCGCACGCCAUCGCCUUCAAGCCACCGCAGCUCGAGGAGCCCAACCACGUCGCCGACGCCAGAGCGCCCAAGGAACAGAACAACUGAGCCACCGACUACCUUCAGUUAGGUCUACAAGCGUAAACAUGCAUCCAGGAUGCCUAGCCAACAUACCAAUCGUUUACGCUCCGUAGCGAACGAAACUGUCACACUAAUAUAGAAGUGAUAGAGACACAAAGCGUUUCGUUAUCGUGGCGCAAACGAUUGUCACCUUGGCUAAGUACACAGGUCUGACAAACGAGCCACGAACGCGUACGUUUAUGAAACAGUUAAAGUAGCGUAAGAAUUGAUUUUUACGGUUAAAUUUACCCUUAUAUGAAGUAAGACCUACCGUGUAACUGAUAGCCUUACCAGAUACAUCUAAGGAUCAACUCAUCUCAUACUGUCAUAACUCAGUUCUUACGUUACUAUAACUGCUCGAUUAAGAAUGAUCCGCUAGUGACGCCUUCUGCAGAUGUGGACGCACCUUAACGAUCUGACCACCAAUAUGUCGUUUAAAUUUAUUAAGUGACGCAGUAGAAUGACGCGUGCGACUGCAAAAAUUACAGACAAAAAAUACGGUCGAAUUGAUAAUCUCCUUUUUUGAAGUCGGUUAAAAAUCACAAUACCUGCGGCCUCAAAACAAUACGACGGAUUUAAACGACAAACGGAUAGUGUAUCAGGUAGACGUUUGUAGAUCUCAUCACUUGACUUAUUUGGUAAACCGUCACCUCAACAGACAAACAUGACGCUAUUCGUAAAUCCUAGAUAUCUGACGUGUCGAGAUUAUACUGACUUUUCUUAUGAGAUAUCUUGUUUAUAAUAUAUUUGUUUUAACAUAAUUAACAUAAAAGAGCUGUUUACCAAAUAUGUCAAGUAAGAACGAUAGUCCGUAGUCUGUAAUCUGUAAUAAUAGGGUGUGCAAGUGCGACGAAUACAAGAAUAGGUGACGUAUGUGUUCAGACGGCUCCUAAAUUAUUGUCACAGUUUCACAGAUUGGAUAGUGAUAGAAAAAAAUAGGGUUUGUCAUAGUAACCUCAGGAUUCGUCGCUGAAACUUGCAAAACCCUGUUAUUUUACUAUCUUAUGCUUAAACCACGCUCAUUUCUCGAAAUGCGAGUAGAAUUACGAAAUAAUUUUUUGGUACUUUACAAUCCCCGACUGAUUCUAAUAAAGGAAUAAAUGCAGUUUAGUGACUGCGGUGUGUUUGUUCGUUCUAAAAAAAUGUUUUAAUCAUGAUAAUUCCCAAUCACAGAUAGUUAUUUAUAAAAAAAUUAUACAUAACAUAAUUUUAGGCUUCAUCGAAUUGUCUUGAUUCGAAAUUGGCGUUCAUAUCAGUAAACAUUCAAAUGUUGUCACAAAUAUCUGGGCCGAAAGUUUUACAACUUAAUUCUCUGACAUUGUGGUUUCGUAGUCAAUUUUUUAAGUUUUAAAUACGAAACUACCCCAAAUGUGAAAGAUUGAUUGGCUAAAAUUAGAAUAUAUUAGUAAACAGACUCUCUUACUAGUGUGACAAGAUUAAUUUUGUUAAUUACAAACUAAUGGUUCGACUAUAAUUGGAAACAGGCUCGAUUGUUUGGUUGAAAACAUGUUCCUUUUUAUAGUUUUUAAGUAUCUGUUUAGAACAUGUCACGGGCCGCCGUUAUUAGAGUCGCCCUAUGAGAUAUUUUUAUUUUAUUUGUAAUUUUUAUUUGUUUUAAAUUCCUUUUACAUGAAUUGAACGGACAAGCAAUAUUUGCAAAUAAUUUUCAAUUAUGAUACCGAAUUAACUAGGAACAUAAAAUAUAUAGCAAAAUAAAGGGUCUUAUGAUGUUGUAUGAUAUGAAUGGUCGCAAGUCUAGUCCCGCUCACGCCUCCUCACCAAUAGGUACAAUAAUCUUUUAUCUAAUUAGUGUAAAUUUUCGAUAUUUAUAAUAAGCAUUUCGUAUAAAAUCUGUGUAAUCUCUAUUUUGGACUUAAUUGAUGAGAGUUAGCGGUGUGGCCUCACGUGUUCAAUUCAAACAAAUGUAUUUAGGGGUUUUAAUGACUGGUUUAAAAUGUGUAUAAAAAUUGUGUGGCAAUUUUCGAACCUCACGCAAUAUAGACUCUGAGGUAUGCUUUGUAAAUAAUUCUUAUAUUUAAGUCUGUACUAUACAAUAUCGUUAAAACUCUGCAGUUGUGCAGUUGUCGACAAAUUGACUGCUGCUUGAGCUAGAUAUUAUUUUACAUUGUUCGAAUAACAUUGAAUAAAAAAAGUUUUCUUUUUCAGACAGUAUAUUUAUGUGUAAAGUUGGACAAUAAUUAAAUAAUUGGAUACACCAAAAUGUCAUUAAAUGCACACUGGUUGUGCUGGAACUUAACAUGCACAUGUUAAACAUUUAUUUGUACUCUAAUUACCACAUAAUUGUGUUAAGAACAGUCAUUGUUUUCCUAUUCAGUUGUGUGACCGAAGUAUUUGUACCUCUGUCAUCGUGUACAUAAAGUAAUAAAAUUUUAUUUUACAAAAUUGAA